AUGCUAAUUUACUUAUUCUUCUCUUCCGUUAACUCAUGGACGCCUUCGUUCCAUCAAGCCUUCGCAUCAUAUUACGCAGAUUCCCAUUUUCCUAACAUAACGAAAUCCCAAAGAGAAAGUUUUUUAUUGGGAGCAAUGUAUGCAGACGGUGUUGAUAAGUCUAUUUCGCACUUCGUACGCCCAAUUGUAAGAGAAUUGAAUUCUAUUACAAAUCGUCAAUCAAACCUUUAUUGGUUCUUACUUGGAAUUUUUACUCAUAUUUCUAUAGAUACAUUUGCUCAUUCUGGCUUAGAAAAUUCGUUUAUUGUUCCACGCGGAUUAAAGCAUCAUCUUUCCGAGCUCGUUGUCUGUUCUUGGGCUCAUAGAAAUCUCAAUACUCAAUAUAUAACAUUAUCGCAAGAACUGAAGAACCAGAUUACAGGAAUUGGAAUCGGCUUUAAGAAAUCAUUCCGUUACAUGUAUCCAAUUUGCUAUUUCUUUGCAAAAUUUUUGCCGGCUCAUUGGUUCCUUCCUUACAUACAUCAGAGUUCUUGCCCGGUUCAUAAUUACAAAGAAGCUGAUUGCACGUUCAGAAGACAUUUAGAUGCUAUGGUUAAGGCUACAGAGACAUUAAUUUCUUUAUCUCACGAUGCAACACUAAAUGAGAUUGAUGUCAAGACUAUUGUCUUAGAGCAACUUAAUUCCAUUCAAUGCUGCAAUAUAGAUGGCGCCCAAAACCAAAUGGAGCCUCUUUUAUUAAAUGAGCAUCCAUUUCCAUUAGCCCCAAUGCAUGCGAGCUAUUUAUAA